AGGGCCCGGCUCAGGUGCGGCGGGAGGAGGAGGAGGACGACGGGGAGGACGCGGCGGCCGUGCGCGGCAGUGCCCUGAGAGCCGCCGCCAUGAGCAGCGCGGAGCCGCCGCCGCUCGGUGCCGGACCGCGGGCGCAGCCCGCCUGGAAGAGGGAGAUCCUGGAGCGGAAGCGGGCCAAGCUGGCCGGAGCGGCCGGCGGAGAGACGGAGUCCGCGGCGGCGGCUCGGGGCCCGGCGGGGACGGGCGAGCGGCUGGUGGUGGCCGAGAGCUUGGGCCCGCUCCGAGAGAACCCGUUCAUGCGGCUGGAGAGCGAGCGGCGGCGGCUGCGGCAGGGGCUGCCCGGGCACGGCCCCGAGGCGGCGCGGCCGCUGCAGCAGCUGCUGGAGCUGUACAGCGCCGUGCCGGGCAUCCGCACCAUCCGCGCCGACAACAUCCUCAUCAUCGAGUCGCAGCCCGACGCCGCCGCCUGCUUCGCCGACGGGGACGCGCCGUCCGGGCGCCGCCGGGAUCCCCCCGCCGCGUCCCCUCCGCGCCGUCCCGACCCGCUGCGGGAGCUGCUGGCCCGCCGGGGAGCGGCCGUCGCCGAGAUCCGCGCCGACCGGGUUCUCGUCUACGAAGCGGCCGAAGCGCCGGAGCCUCCCGAGGCCGCCGAGCCGGGCACCGUCAGCCGCCUCCUGGAGAAGUUCGGCCAGCGACCGCGGGGCCGCCGUCGCCGGGGCGGGGAAGCGCCGGCCGGGGCCGCUCACCCUCCGGCGGCUCCGGGCUCCCCGCGCUCCUCCGCUCCCCCCAAAGCGGCGCCGACCUCCCCCCGCCCCUCGGUCCCGAAGGCCGCCCCGGCCUCCCCCCGCGCCGCUUCUCCCCGCGCCGCGGUCCCCCAGCCGCUGCCGGCCCCCCUCCCCCAGCCGGCCGCCCCCCGGCCCGCGGGUCCCCAGGCGGUCCCGGUGUCCCCCCGGGCUGCCGCCCCACCGGCCGUCCCCGUCUCUCCCCCCGCCGCGAUGGCUGCGCCCAAAGCCGCAGCUCCCCAGGCCAACUGCUUCCUCCACAAGAUCGGCUCCAACUCCUUCACUGUGACCCCCCGGGGCCUGCCCCCCCCCAGCCGCGUCCCCCAGCCCACCACCCGGGCCGUGCCGCCCAAAGGGCCGCCAGUGCCAUCCGCCAGCGCUGCCAAUGCCAGGAGGCCAAAGCCGGAGGAGGUUGAAGUGGCCGCAUCACCCCCGCCCAGUGCCAGUCUGGCCCCCAGUGCCACCCAGCCUCUCUCUGCAUUCGCCCCUCGGGCCGGGGGUUCCUUCGAGAUCCACCCGGCCCCCAAGCCCGACCUGGCUGCCAUCCCUGCUCACGACCUGCAGGCUCAGGCUUUGGCCAAGCUGCGCCUGAAUUCACGCAACUCCUUCCUCUUCGUGCCCCGCCGGGAGGGUGGCGCAGCUCUGCCUGCUGCCCAGAGCAACAGAGCGGGACCAUCACCGCCGCCGUCCCCGCAGCAGAAAGGACAGAAGGAGCCCCCACGGGUUUCCGCUCCGGAGCAGGAAGAGCCGAUCGCUUCCCCGCCGGCGCCUCUGGAUCCGUCGGUACCUGUGACUUACAUCGAUGACAUUGUGGACACGGUCGGUGGGGAGCUCUCCCCGAGGGCUGUGAGGACGGAGAACUUGGAUCAGCCCGGAGGAACCGGCCCUGAGCUGGAGAUGGAGGUUUCCUCUGUGCCCCUCUACAGACCGCACUCCCCCGGGCUGCACCAGAGGGGAGGUAACACCUUCACUGUGGUGCCCAAAAGGAAGCCCGGUGCCUCGGGGCCGCAGGGUCUUACAGAGGCUGGUGGGAGGCCUCCUCAGCGGGAGGAAGAGGAGGAGGAUGAGGAAAGCAAAGGAAGAAGCAAAGCUGUAGAGAAUGCUGAUGGGCCCCAGGUGGGGACGUCCCACAAAAAGCGCUACCCCACAGUGAACGAGAUCGAGGUGAUCGGCGGGUACCUGAACCUCGAGAGGUCCUGCAUGAGCAAGACGGGCUCCCGCCGCAAGAAGAUGAAGAUCUCUUUCAACGAGACAAGUUUGCAGACCAUGUUUGAGUAUCCAUCUGAGAACUCACUGGCGGAAGAGGAGGAGGAGGAGGAGGAGGAAGGACGCACUUCUGAAACAGAGGAGGACAAAUCUCACACCUUUCACAUUCCACGCCCGAACAGCACUUUGCAUCCCAAUGGAGCUAACCCAGCAGAUCUAUCCAGCUACACCCCAAAGCACUCUGUGAAGUUCAGCGAGUGGCAGGAGCAGAAGUAUGAGGAGAUGCCUGCUAAGGGACCCCUCCUGAAGGAAGCUGAUUCCCAUGGGAACCAAGUUAUGCUCACCCCAGCUGAGAAGGGCGGACUCUCUGACUUCAGCAGUGAGCCUGCUCUGUACUUCUGAUUGCUCCAUCUGUGAGCCUGCAGCAGCAGCUGCUGGGCAGAGCCUGGCAGUGCACCAUGGAAACCAACGCCUGGGUCCCUUCCUCAUCGCAGUCUUCACAGCAUCCUGAUGCCAAGGGUGGACUGGAUGCCAUUGGGCGUCUUUGGAGAAUAUUUGCACUGGGUUCUGGGACCUAAACGACUGGUUUUUUUUUAAUGCAUAUGGUUUAUUCUCCUUGUGGCCUUGCAUAUUCCUUGUUCAAGAUCAGCUGUCGAUUAGACAGGUAUCUUAAAGCAAUACAUAACCCCAGGAUGGAUGUAGAUUCUCUCAGUGCUUAUGACUGUGCUCAUCCAAGUGCUGAAUGAGGCCUGGACAGCAUUUGUAACACUUCUCUCAUGAGAGGCCCCAGUUGAAGACAGCUGAGGGCAGGUGGCUGGACUCACUGCAGUGGUUCUGACAGCCAGGUUACAGCGGCUGGAAGAACUGCUAAGGUUUCAUGGGUUGUUCUCAAUGUGUUUUUGGGUCUAGUUUCACCAAACUGUCAUGGAAUUUAUGUGCCAGUUAAGCUCUUGUGAAGGAAGCUGAAUGCACUGUGUGGGUGAUGGGGAGGGGAAUUAAUGCCUUCAGCAUUAGGUGUCACUUUUGCACUGACAGCAGGAAGCACCCAGUCCAGCUUGAGCCUUGUGAAGGUUCCCAAACAUUGGCCAUAGCUUUGAUCUCUGUAACUGCCUCUGCUCUCCAGUCCCUACUGCUAAUUGUGCUUGUUUGCCAGUUCCUCUUGUUUUGUUUUGGCAUCUAAUGGGGCCAGGCCCAAGAUUUGUGUCUUAGGUGGUGGGGAGAUUUGCUUCUUGCCUUGCUCACUCUACUUCUCUAUGCAAAGCACAGGAGGACCAUUUCACUCCUUCCUUCUGCAGAACUUGAACAAGGAAUAUGAUUUUUUUUUUCUAGUAUUUUUAUAGUUCUGUUGUAAUUGUUUGAUGCAGCCAAUAUGCAAAGGAAUCCACUAGUCUCUUCCAUUUAAAUUUUCUACGACUGUACACUCAGGGUCAAAAUUACACUCUGGAAAAGACUGAACACUGCUGCUAAUGUGAUUUGUACUUCUGGGAUUAAAAGAGAUGCAGUUGGAAUA